AUGGCUGCUUUACUCAUGAUGUUCUUCACUCUCUUAAUCCUCUCUUUCACGGGGAUUCUCGAAUUCCCAUCUGCCUCCACUUCGAUCGGAAACCCGAUUGACCCGGAACCGAAACUACCCGAUUCCUCCACCGCUGUAUCAUCGGAUCCGUUCACCGAUGUGUUGGUGGCUUUUAGAAAAUGGGACUCGCGAGUGGGUUGUGCUCGGUUCAGGGAUUCGAUUCGGGGAAAUGUUAGUUCUUCGGGUUCUCUACAAGGAUCCGGUGAUGGGUUUGGUUGUGGUGAGCUGAAGAUGGAUCAUGUUAGGGUUUUGGUUAAAGGAUGGACUUGGAUUCCGGAUAAUUUGGAAAAUUUGUAUUCUUGUCGUUGUGGGAUGACUUGUUUCUGGACUAAAUCACCUCUUCUUGCUGAUUCACCUGAUGCUUUGUUCUUCGAGACCACUACUCCUCCGUUACAGAGACGUGUUGGAGAUCCGCUUCGUGUGUACAUGGAUCUAGAGGUCGGAAGAAAACGCUCAGGUCGUGAAGAUAUAUUCAUUAGCUACCAUGCCAAAGAUGACAUCCAAACAACUUACGCUGGUGCUCUCUUUCAUAAUAACAGAAACUAUCAUAUCUCUUCACACAAAAACAAUGAUGUUUUGGUGUAUUGGUCUUCCUCGAGAUGUCUCUCUCACAGAGACCGCCUUGCUAAGAGCCUCCUCGAUCUGGUUCCCCACCACUCCUUUGGCAAGUGUCUAAACAAUGUUGGUGGCUUGGACUCAGCUCUCUCUAUGUAUCCAGAAUGUGUUGCCGAGUCCAACUCGGAGCCAAAAUGGUAUGACCACCUCCACUGCGCUAUGUCACAUUACAAAUUCGUCCUUGCAAUCGAAAACACAGCCGCUGAGUCAUACGUCACCGAGAAGCUUUUCUAUGCACUCGACUCGGGUUCUGUUCCCAUCUAUUUUGGAGCCUCUAACGUGCAAGACUUUGUCCCUCCGCAUUCUGUGAUCGACGGUAGCAAAUUCAGUUCGAUCCAGGAAUUGGCAGCAUACGUGAAGCGGCUCGGUGAUGAUCCCGUGGCUUACUCGGAGUACCACGCGUGGAGGCGGUGUGGAAUAAUGGGGAACUACGGAAAAACCCGCGCGGUGAGUCUAGAUACAUUGCCGUGUCGGUUGUGCGAAGAAAUUAGUAGAAGAGGUGGGAAGAACGCCGGAGCUUGA